GUUUAUCCCAUUAACUGUCAUUUAGGUCUCCUUAGAUAGAACAUCUAUCAACAGGAAAAAACAUGAAGAAGAAAAAAAUUAAUACUAUUGUUUGUGAACCUAAAGAACUCCUGAAUCCCUCUUCCAAAGUAACAAAUUGUUGCAAAUCGCUGUGGGUGAAAUAUAGUUUUCAGAAGGCAUACAUGACCAGACUUGCCAGCAGCCAGCCAGCUUCAGCCAUGUCUAGGAACUCAGAUCACAACUCUCCUUCUCAGCCCAAGGAAAACAGUAUCAGCCAGAACCAUCACCAGGAGGAGAUAAUCCACAAGUUGGCCAUGCAGCUGAAAAACAUUGGAGACAGCAUUGACCAUAGGAUGGUUCGAGAGGAUCUUCAAUGGGAAGGCAGAGAUGCACUGGCUCAUUUUGCCCUAGUUCUCCUCGGAGGAGUUCACGUGUUGCUGCGCUUUCUCUGGAAUGACCACUUGAUGUAAAAGGAAUGUGCAUCAAGCCCUGUUUUCCAUCUACCCUCUGAGAAAUCCCACCAGCACAGAUGAGAAGAAGACCCUUCCCCGUCUCCCCCUCUUUUUCACCCAUCACUGUUGGUUUAUGUCUGGUUCCUUAGAGAGCUGUGGGCUCACCAACCAUCCGUCUGUUCAGAGCAGCUGGCUACGGGACGUCUGCGACUGCCUCACGGCAGAACCCAAGGUGCAUUUAGGAGGCACUGUGGAUGGGCGCAGUGCUCCUUGUGAGGAAAUCUUGACCAUUUCCUUCCCCAAGGGAAACUGAACUUCAUCCUCAAA